UACCCACCAACCCGCUUAAUUUUUUUUCCCAUUUUUCUUUGGUUUAAUUAUUUUAUGGAUAUUGUAAAUAAGAUAAAACAGAGGCGUAUAUAUAAAAGGCAGCCCUUUUAUUACGAGCAAGAGCUGCUCUUUUGGGCUCUCAGAUUUACUGGUUCUUAGGAUAACAGAGGACGAAGAGGAACAACACCCAUAUCGGCAUUUUCUGUUGAGAAGAUGAGAGGAGGGGGUUUGUGGCAACUUGGGCAAUCAAUAACCCGGCGUCUUGCACAGGCUGAUAAGAAGACUGUAGCUCGCCGAUACUUUUCUGCAGAAGCAGAGCUAAAGAAGACGGUUCUUCAUGACUUCCAUGUCGCACAUGGCGGGAAGAUGGUUCCAUUUGCUGGAUGGAGCAUGCCCAUCCAAUACAAGGACUCAAUCAUGGACUCUACUCUGAAUUGUAGGCAGCAUGGUGGACUUUUUGAUGUCUCCCAUAUGUGUGGGUUGAGCCUCAAGGGGAAGGAUUGUGUAACUUUCCUUGAAAAGCUUGUCAUUGCUGAUGUAGCUGGGCUUGCCCAUGGAACUGGGACACUAACUGUCUUUACAAAUGAGAAGGGAGGAGCAAUUGAUGAUUCAGUGAUCACCAAGGUCAAGGAUGAUCACAUAUACCUGGUCGUCAAUGCAGGGUGUAGGGAUAAGGAUCUGGCUCACAUUGAGGAGCAUAUGAAGGCAUUCAAGGCCAAAGGUGGGGAUGUCUCAUGGCACAUCCAUGAUGAGAGAUCUCUUCUAGCUCUCCAGGGUCCUCUGGCUGCCCCAACUCUUCAGCACCUGACGAAAGAUGACUUGAGCAAGGUGUACUUUGGGGACUUCCGUAUAUUGGACAUCAAUGGAGCACACUGCUUUCUAACUAGGACAGGGUACACCGGAGAAGAUGGUUUUGAAAUCUCAGUUCCUUCUGAGCAUGGGGUGGAUCUUGCCAAAGCAAUCUUGGAGAAAUCUGAAGGGAAGGUAAGGUUGACAGGUCUGGGUGCCAGAGACAGUCUGCGACUUGAAGCCGGGCUCUGUUUAUACGGUAACGACAUGGAACAACAUGUAACUCCUGUUGAGGCAGGACUCACAUGGGCCAUAGGAAAGAGAAGAAGGGCCGAAGGUGGUUUCCUAGGUGCUGAAGUGAUACUCAAGCAACUUGCAGACGGUCCGCCGGUGAGACGUGCCGGGUUUUUCUCCUCCGGACCGCCUCCCAGAAGCCACUGUGAAAUUCAGGAUGAUAAAGGAAAGGGCAUUGGGGAAGUGACCAGUGGGGGAUUUAGUCCCUGCCUAAAGAAGAACAUAGCAAUGGGGUAUGUGAAAUCUGGAUCACACAAGGCCGGCACCAAAGUUAAGAUUGUGAUUCGAGGAAAGACCUACGAUGGGGUUGUCACGAAAAUGCCUUUUGUACCAACAAAAUACUACAAGCCAACCUAAUUAACUCCAGAAAUUUCUAAUUUGUUCAUCUUGUGACAUGUUUUUGCUAAACUUUGACUGCUGGUCGAUUUUAAUUUCCACUUUCUAUUUGCAAGAAGUCCGAGUUGAAAUGUAAUACUAUAUGUUUUUUUCAUUGCUUUAUGAAAUUUCGUAGUUA